AUGAUGCUUCGAAACGCCGGAACUUUUGCUGUCGCCCUUCUUGGCGCUCUGCCCGCCACUCUUGCCUGCCUGGGAUGGGAGGGGGGUCUGCCCAAGCCAACUGUUAACAAGCCAAUCUCCGCGCCAAUUUACGUCAAGUCUGGUCAGGUAUUUGACGGAGGCUGGGCCAAGUACGACAGAAACCCGUCUACCUGCAGAGGACAGCAAGAAGGAGGUGAGUCCGACACUGCCUUCGUUCUUGAGAAGGGUGCCACGCUGCGAAAUGUCAUCAUUGGCAAGACUGCUGGCGAAGGCGUUUACUGCAAGGGCGGCGGUUGCAACAUUGAGUUUGUCUGGUUCGAGGAUGUCUGCGAGGAUGCCAUCUCUAUUAAAGACGACAAGGCUGGAGAUGUGACUUGGAUCGUCGGUGGUGGCGCUUUCCAUGCUUCCGACAAGAUCAUCCAGCAUAACGGCUGUGGACGCGUGAAUAUCAUCAACUUCUAUGCCGAAGACUACGGCAAGGUCUACCGCUCUUGCGGAACUUGCCAGAAAUGUGCCCGCCAGGUCUACAUUGAGGGAGUCACCGCUCGUAAGGGCGGUGAGGUUGCCGGAAUCACCAAAGCGAACGGCGACAGAGCGACUCUUGUUAACGUCUGCACCGACGCCAAGACCCCCUGCCAGAACUACAGCGGCCCUGGUGUCAAGGAUGGCCCUUGCUAA